AUGACAAACAAGGUUUUAAUUGUCUGCGGAAUUACAACAAGCGCGGGAGCUAUUGCAGCCAUUAUUAUACCAAUAGCAAUCACCUUCAGUAAAAAAUCGUCAGCGGCGACAACAAAUACAACAACCAAUGCUGUAAUUCUUGCUUAUUGGAAUUUCGAAGGCAAUGGCAAUGACUUAUAUGGUGUUUAUAAUGGAACAAGUAACUGCGGGUCAUGUUCAUACAACACACAAGGAUUCUAUGGUGGCACAUAUUUCUACAUACCUAAUACAAACAAUUAUAUGCAAGUGCCAGCCUCAUCCUAUUUCAAUUUAAACUCUCGAAGUUUCACAUUUGAAGCAUGGAUUUAUUUUUACAGUUUAACGACUGAUCAACCUAUAUUUAGUCAAUGUACAUGCACAACUUGUACAAGUCAGUGUUUAUAUUUUCUUGUUCGAAGUAGUAAAUUGUAUAUGGGCUUUAAUUUCAAUGAUUUAUCGGGGACAACAAGCUUGACUACGGGCAUAUGGUACCAUGUGGCCUUUGUCUAUAACUACGACACGUUUCAACAAAUUAUUUACCUCGAGGGUGUUCAAGAUGCAAUCCGUUAUAGUGUGACGACGCCUUAUCUUGGAACGAAUGGAUCUAUGUAUUUUGGUUCUUUACCAAUUUUAGUAUCGACUUAUUACUACGGUAUCAUAGAUAAUGCAGCAUUGACAACACGUGCUAAAAGUUCAACAGAAAUAUUAACUGACGCAACGCUAGUAUUCUACUUCUCAUUCGAUCAGCCAAAUCCCUACUAUGAUAAUGGUCAAAAUCGUUUAAAUGCAACAGUUACGAACAUUUUAUCAUCUUCCAGUGGAAAGGUGGGGCAAGCCGUUCGCUUUACAAGUACUUCAAGUUAUAUGCAAAUAUGCUGUUUUACCGGGGUUGGUUGGUGGUCUGCUAGACCGUUUACAUUUGCCAUGUGGCUGUACCCGUCAUCUAUAAAGCGUCUGCCCGUUUAUUACGUGGGGAUGACACUAAUGCUUGAUAAAGCUAUGAGAGAACUGUCUACAGAGUAG